AUGAGUAUCAGGACACCACCCGAAUCAAGAGAUAACAGAGCAAGACCAGAUGGAGAAGUAGAACCGAUUCAGCUCUCCAUGGACUCGUUAUAUCCGGGCUUUCGAACACCGAAUGAAGUAAGAUUGGAGACAAAUAAACAGUUAACAGUUAAUAGCUUAACAGAUAUCUCGAAGCGGAAAAAUUUCAAAAACACUUCUAAUUUUACUCUGGAAACAAAAAUUCCAAUCAUUGCAAUCGUUACAGUAACUAUUAGAGUGUCGCCUCGCGAGAAAUUUCUUGCAUGA